AUGGACACAUCUUAUCCACGUGAAGACUACCUACCCAUGACAUCCCACAAGCAGGAACCGUCCCCUACAGUCAUCACUGUCAGGCCUCCGGUGGUCCCGCGAGACUACAUGAUCUGGUCCAUCUUCAACACCAUCUAUAUGAACCUCUGCUGCCUUGGCUUUGUAGCUCUUGCCUAUUCUGUCAAGGCACGGGAUCAGAAAGUGGCUGGUGACCUGGAAGCUGCUCAUCGCUAUGGCUCCAAAGCCAAAUGCUACAAUGUACUUGCAACGUUGUGGAAUGUGGUGCUUCCCUUAGUGCUCAUUGCCCUUGUGGUCACUGGUGUACUCCAUCUGUCCAAGUUGGCUCAGGAGUCCAUGGACUACUUGGCUUUCAGACUCUUCCCUAAUGAAGAUGAAGAUAAGAAGUGAGCUGAGAACCUUAAACAUUCCUGGAAAUCCAUUAAGAGACUAUCAACUGGUGUAAUCUCCAACUGUCUGCCUCCAACCACUGUAGAAUGCAAAACCUCUGCUCAUUAUAAUUCAGGUCCUCUGGUUCAUUUUACCAUUGCAUUAAUGUGCCUUGGAUUUAUCUCAUCUUUGACUGCAGAAGCAACAGAUAUAAAAAUUAUUUUUACCCUUGGUGUUCUGGAUAAUCUCAAAGCUGGGCUGUCUGCCGCAGUGUUUACCACUUGCUGCAUCAUACUUCUCCAUUGCUGCUCCCCUCCCCCUUUCUCUGUAUCUUUCUGGGGGCAAGGUUCUCUGCUGGGUGACAAACAAGUAGCAACCACACAGAAAUUUGAUAUUCAAGAUAAUGGGAAUAUUAAAUAAGUUUGCAGAAUCCCCUACCACAUUUGAAAAUAUGCAAACUUAGCUCUGCAUCUUUUAAAAACCUUUCCAGUCAGUUUGUGUUCAAUGCCAUUUAUAUCGAAAGAGGUUUGCAUGUGAAUCAGCUAACACUGCUAAUAAACACAGCUUUUUAUUUAACUGAUUGUUAUUAUGGUGAGAUCCCAGCAUCUUCUACUGAAUGAUUAAUUCAUUUGCAAGGUAACUGCUGGCUGGUGUUAGGUUCAAAUGUAAUGGUGUGGUUUGUCUUUAGAAUCAUAUUUAAUCCAUUAAACAAAGCAGAAGAAUGAUCAAACUAAUAUAUUUUAACAUGUCUUAUCAAAUACAUUCAAUACAUUAAAACUACCACCAACACAUCUUCAGGUGUGUUGAACUACAGUUUCCAUCAUUCUUGGGCACCUUAAUUAACACCUUUGGAGGGCACCAGAUUGGUGAAGGCUUUCUUAGAAUGAAUGGACAGGUGUUGC